UAAGCCCUCCUAUUCUCACCUUAUUAUAGCAUCAAUUAUUACUAAAAAUGCUCACAAGUAGUACCUCAGACCUUACUCAUAACUCACUCAAAAUUAUCACUCAUCCCAAUGAGUACAAACUCUUCUCUAAGCAGCGCCUAAUGAAGAGAGACUUAUCCAUAUCCACCACAUCCAUGGAGGAUCAUCACUACCAUGGUGGAUCUUCAGCUUCAAUCCCAUUCAUGUGGGAAUCUCAACCAGGAACUCCAAAAGUCAAGCUCAGAGAAAACCCUUUACCUCCUCUCACUCCUCCACCUUCUUAUUGUUACAGUCCUAUUAGUACUCCCUCUUCAAAAAAAUCUUCAUCAUCCAAAACUAGAAAAAAGACCUCAAAACCUAAUCUUAUACGCACUAUUUUCCCAAAGCAUGAUUUCAAUGGUUCUAGUACUAAUAAUAAUACUACCAGAACACGAAAUAAUACUUUUCCUUCAUCGCCUAAUUCUCUUUCAUCACCAUCUUCUUCCUCAUCACUCUCCUCUUCUCCAAAGUCAGUAUCCUACUACUCUUCAUCGGUGCCUUCUUCGCCGGCAUGUACUACUUCAUCGAAACACCACCACGGACGGUGGAGAAUGAUGUCAUCAUCUAGUCCUCGGCGGCCGGUGGAUUCUAGGGUUAAUAAUUGUCAUGACGAAGAGAAUUAUGAAGAGUAUGGCCAUGACUACUCUUCACCAGUUUCAACUCUGUGCUUUAAUGGCCGUAGUGGGGCGAGUGUAAAGUCCAGAUCAAGCUUUUACUCAUCCUUCAUAAAGGUACUGCUUAACCACAAAUAAUAAUUGGCUGAUGAUGAUCACUACAGUUUCUUGGUUGGGGAAAAAAAAGCUUGAUUUCAUAUUGAGCUAGUCUUAUUAUUACGUUGUAACAUUUUUUGUUUAAUUGUGGUACCGUGACCAAAAGAAAAAGAAAAGAUCAAUAAUGAUGAUCAAUUAUGUAGCUUAUAUGAUAAUAUAAUACAAGCUAGUGGGGAUUAGGGGCAAUGUUAUAAUUAUAAUAUUGGAGAAUUUACCAACAUAUAAUAUAUAGAUAUACGUACAUAUCAUGCUGUAAUUGUAAUAUCAUUGCUGUCAUAUAUGUAUGAUUUGACCGUUAUCCGGGAAAUUUUUGAUCAUACGCAAGGGCAGUAUUGAAAUAAAGUAUAUUUCUUUGUGAUCAAGAAAUGUUG